AUGGGGAGAGCGGAAAUAGGCACGGCGAAAUACGAAGCCAAAAAACUCAAGGCCAGCGGGCUUCAGAAACUAAAGUUUUACUGCCAAAUAUGCGCAAAGCAGUGUCGAGAUGGCAAUGGAUUCAAGAACCACUUGUCCUCCAAGUCGCACAUGGGGCGGAUAUCCAACAUGGAAGACUCGGGCGAGAUCAAAAACGUGGUGUCGCAGUACUCGCGUGAGUUUGAGCGCGAGUUCUUGAGCUUGCUCCGUUUGAACCAUGGCACGAAACCAAUCAAUGCCAAUCGAUUUUACCAGGAAUACAUUCGAGAACGUGACCAUGUGCAUAUGAAUGUCACGAGGUGGAGAAGCUUGACUUCGUUUGUGCGAUAUCUCGGCCAAAACGGGGCUGUAAGGGUCACUAACACCAGCGGGGUGGACAAUGAUGAUCAUGGAGAUGAUAACGACGAGGAAGGGUUCAGUUUGAAUAUCCAGUUGGUUGAUCAUCGGAGUUUCUUGGGGGAUAGACGUCAAGAUGAGGAGGCCGAGAAGGCCGAUACCGACAUCUCGGAUCGGAUCAUGCAAGAGCAGAUACGGCGAGGCAGAGAGCUGGAGGCAAAGAUGAAGACGAAAGCGAAGGCGAAGAAGGCGGAUUCUGAACCAGAGAUAAGGGCCGGAGGAAAUGAGAAGACAGCUGCGGAUGCGGCAGCUGCACCUACUGCUCCGAUUCGAAUUGCAGUGAAGAAGAAAAUGACCAAUGCAAAGGCCCGGAAUGCGUUUGAUGAAGAUUAA